GAACAAAAUCCACACGCUUCCAUUUUCAUUUUCGGAGAUAUCCACGAUUUUUUGUACGGAACAAACUCAAUCUGAAACAGCUGUUUGUUUUCUUCAGUGCACAAAUACCCAACUUUUUCUGCUCCAAUUCUCAAUCUUUUUCAGUUCUAAAACUUUUCCUCUAUCUUACAACAAUUCAUCUAAUUUCUUUCAAUUUCGCUUGAAGAAUCCCUGCGUUUUUGUUUCAUGGGCUCGUUUUGGGAACCAUAGAGCGCCAUGACCAAACCCAGCACUUUUUUUCAAAAUAUCAUAAAGCCCUUCAAAUUCGGUUCCAAUAGAGAGGGAAAUAGUGACGAAGAUAUACAGAACAUAGCUGCACAGGAGCAAAAGAUCUUCUCCUAUGAAACAUUGGUUGCCGCUACCAAGAACUUUCAUAGUCUUAACAAGUUAGGUGAGGGAGGCUUUGGACCUGUCUACAAGGGUAAGUUGAAUGAUGGGAGAGAGAUUGCAGUGAAGAAGUUAUCACAUAGCUCUAAUCAAGGGAAGACACAGUUCACUAACGAGGCCAAGUUGUUGAGUCGUGUGCAGCACCGUAAUGUGGUGAAUUUGUUUGGUUAUUGUACCCAUGGCUCGGAGAAGCUUCUUGUUUAUGAGUAUGUCCCUCGUGAGAGCCUUGACAAGCUUCUAUUCAGAUCAAACAAGCGGGAGCAGUUAGAUUGGAAACGUAGGUUUGACAUAAUAACUGGGGUGGCGAGGGGGUUACUUUAUCUUCACGAAGACUCUCACAAUUGCAUCAUCCACCGUGACAUAAAAGCAAGUAACAUUUUACUCGAUGACAAAUGGGUACCCAAAAUUGCAGACUUUGGCUUGGCUCGUCUCUUCCCCGAAGAUCAAACCCAUGUCAAUACACGUGUUGCCGGCACCAAUGGGUAUAUGGCUCCGGAAUAUUUGAUGCAUGGACAUCUAUCUGUGAAGGCAGACGUGUUUAGCUAUGGGGUUUUAGUGUUGGAAUUGAUCAGUGGCCAUCGAAACUCGUCGUUUGAUUUGGACGUGAAUGCACGCAAUCUACUUGACUGGGCAUAUAAGCUUUACAAGAAAGGGAGGGGCUUAGAAAUCGUAGACCCUACAUUGGCAUCUUCUGUGGUGACCGAACAAGUAGAAAUGUGUAUACAACUGGGUCUGCUAUGCACUCAAGGUGAUCUUCAGCUACGUCCAACAAUGGGGCGAGUGGUGGUGAUGCUAUCAAAGAAGCCAGGCCAUAUGGAAGAACCAACAAGACCAGGAUUACCUGGUUCCAGAUAUAGAAGAAUACCUCGCAGGCCUUUUGCUACGUCUUCCACUGCUGAUGACUCUGAUUCAGAAACUUUUGAAUCAAGCAAUUACGGCACUACCAUUUCUGCUACAGGAACUAGCUCGGCUACUACAGAAGUAGACCCGCGAGGGAAACGUCCAAUUCAAGGUUAGCCUCCUCAUUGUCUCAUUGGUGAGAUGAGGCUCUUAUUCUUUUUGUAUCAUAAAUUUUUUGUUUGAUAAGAGGCAUGUAUGAAUUAAUGAUGUAAAUGUUACGAGGAGGAGUAGGUUUUUUUUUUUUAAUAGAGGAAUUUGAGUGAAGUCCUAGUUUUUUUUUUUUAUGUAAGUGAGAAAUUAUGUCGAGUGUUACAGAAAUAUAAAAUUAUUAAAUGUAAUC